AUGUGGGGGGUGGCCCACAGUGAGGUGAACCCCAACACAAGGGUGAUGAACAGCCGAGGCAUCUGGCUAGCCUACAUCAUCCUGGUAGGGUUCCUGCACGUGGUUCUACUCAGCAUCCCCUUCUUCAGCAUCCCAGUUGUCUGGACCUUGACCAACGUCAUCCAUAACCUGGCUAUGUAUGUCUUUCUGCACACUGUGAAGGGGACACCCUUUGAGACCCCCAACCAAGGCAAGGCCCGGCUCCUUACACACUGGGAGCAGAUGGACUAUGGGCUUCAGUUCACCUCCUCCAGAAAGUUCCUCAGUAUUUCUCCCAUUGUGCUCUACCUCCUGGCCAGCUUCUACACCAAAUAUGAUGCUGCUCACUUUAUCAUCAACACAGCUUCACUACUCAGUGUACUACUGCCUAAGUUACCCCAAUUCCAUGGUGAUCGUCUGUUUGGCAUCAAUAAGUACUAAUAUUCUGGCAACGAUCACUCAAGUGCAAGCUAGGGAAAGACAAAGAACAAAGGGCUGCCCUAUCCUCCUUCCCUUUAGAUACUGAAGACCUGAGG